ACGUUUACAUUCUGUUCUCGACGUCGCGUUCAUUGUGGGGAGCCAUUACCCUUGUCCGCGCUAAGCAUCGUGCCAUAUUCCCAUUCGCGCCCUAAUACUAACAACAUUCUCGUAGUUUUAAGUGAAAUAUUAUGAGAGUAAAGACCGAAAUGGACGACGACGAAAAGGGAAAGUUGUUUGUCGGUGGUUUGUCCUGGGAGACAACACAAGAGAGUCUACAACGUUACUUUGGCCGUUACGGUGAAGUAAUCGAUUGCGUUGUUAUGAAGAACAGUGAAUCUGGCCGUAGCCGUGGAUUUGGAUUUGUAACAUUUAGUGAUCCAGCCAAUGUUCCAUUAGUUCUUCAAAAUGGACCGCAUCAGCUUGAUGGGCGCACGAUUGACCCAAAGCCAUGCAAUCCACGUACGCAGCAGAAGCCGAAACGUAGUGGAGGCUUUCCGAAAGUUUUCCUUGGUGGAUUACCAAGCAACGUGACGGAGACCGAUUUGCGGUCAUUCUUUACGCGCUUUGGGAAAGUUAUGGAAGUUGUCAUAAUGUAUGAUCAAGAGAAGAAGAAAUCAAGGGGAUUUGGGUUCCUCAGCUUCGAGGAUGAAGAUGCCGUGGACCGAUGUGUAGCCGAGCAUUUCGUCAACUUAAAUGGAAAACAGGUUGAAAUCAAACGUGCAGAACCACGAGAUUCGUCUAGCAAAAUGAAUGAUAGUCACCAAGGCCAGUGGGGACCACCUCAACAGGGUGGCCCUCCGAUGGGUAUGGCUGGGAAUAUGGGACCUAUGGGUGGUCCGAACGGGCAGAUGGGUGGACCUAUGAUGGGGGGACCGAUGGGUCCACCAGGAAAUAUGAUGCAGCAGUAUCAGGGUUGGGGAACCAGUCCUCAGACUGGAGGAUAUGCUGCUGGGUACACUACUCAAUACAACUCUCAGGGUUGGGGUGCACCUCCCGGCCCUCCUCAACAGCAACAAAUUCCGCCACCACCACAUCAUCAGUGGGGUAGCAGUUACAAUGUCCAGCCCGCAGCAGCUACUCAAGGUUACGGAAGUUACGGUGGGCCGGCAGCGGCCGCUUCAGGGGGUUAUGGGCCCACGGCGGGUACUGGCGGGGCUGCGGGGGGCGGGCCCGGGGGUUCCUGGAACUCCUGGAACAUGCCACAGAACGGGCCCCCUCCUGGGACCCAACCACCACCUCAGCCCCCUCAGCCCAAUUCCUCGCAGCCUAACUCCAACUCGAACCCCUCUGGCCCGCAGGGUGAUAUGUAUUCACGUCAGACCACCGGCUCAGGUGCACCUGGGUCCAGUAGCAGCUCAGCUAAAACUCCGGAUUACACUGGGUACUCCGCAUAUGGUAAUUACGCUGAUACCAGUUACCCUCAGCGUUCGUAUCAAGGAGGAGAAAGCAACCAAGGCACCGAAUUUGGACCCUCGAGACUAGGAAACGUUCCCGCUGGCUCAGGAAUCAACAACUACAACGGCGGUGGACCCCAAAGGGGUUAUCCAGGACCCUCGUCCAGCUCCAACAAUUACCAUCCCUACCGCCGCUAGAAAACGGAUUUCAGACGAGAGUCCGAAGGCCUCGCUGAUUCGCGCGAGGUUCCGCUUUUCUUCCCUUAUUGAUCAUCGAUCGCAACUCGAAUGCCACUCGCUGAACAUAUUCUAUUCUCGCGACCGUGCGCGCAUGCCAACGUGAAUAUGCCAGCGGAUGUUGUAACAGAGCAAGAUUUUUGUACGUUUUUUAAUCGCCGGUUAUUUUAUGAAAAAAAAGAGCAUCGAUGUGAGCGAUGAUAUCCCGGACGAUAUUUUCUUUUUGCGAACCUACCGGAGCGUAGAUCGAUUGGUUUUUCUCGGCUUUUCACUUUUUUGCAAUUCGAGGCGGACGGGAAUAGAAACAGUCCCAGGAGAUCGUCGCAACGAACUCGCAAUACUUCUGGCCCACGGGUGGAAAAGAAACGCAUGUUUGCGAAGCGGACGUUGAAAACGUUCGUGGGGACUUCUGCCGGGGAAGGAUCAUUGGGAAGAGGAAGAUGGGAUGCUUGUCGAUGCGUACACGGUAAAAAUGAAUCGAGGACCAAUUUUUCUACGCGACUAGCGAGCUCGACGCGAAGACGGCAUCGUUGAUUAUAGUUCUCUCACAUUCAUUUUAGGAUAACGUAGUGUACCCCUAAAAUAAGAAGCAAGGAGAUUGUUAAGAUAUUUUUUUAUAAGGAUAAGCGAUUACUUUCGGUCAGGCUGUGUCGACCGAACUGUUAAAUUCAAUUUAUCUUCGAAGGAAGAUGCGCGUGAACACCUCGGUCAGGUCGAUCGAGAGUCCUCUGUUUAUUUUACGAAAAGGAACUGAAAGAUGAAAAAUCUCACCGUUGUAAAUGAGUUUCAAUUUUAGACAGAUAGGUAUUUAAAGAAGUUAAAUGUUUGUUUGUUGAGUAGUUCGUCCAAAACGAAAUGCGUGUGUAUUGUAAUGUUUAGAUUUAAGCAUAUUUUUUUUAUACAAAAAUUGUCGAUUUAUGGUAACGAUAAGGAGCGAUCAAGUACUUUUACGCAUGACCUAUCAGUUCUCUUGGCGCCGUCCUCUUUUUUCAUUUUCUCCUCUUUAUUUGAUCAGAUGCAAGCAAUUGCAAAAUUAGUAACGGGACAGAAUGAUGAAAUUGAACCGUCGCUUUGAAAUUACUUUAUGACAUAUCAUUUGAAUCCAACGAUAUUGUUGUUUGAUUGAUACAUUCUUUUAAUUUAAUAGUCGCGAUCGACCAAUCAAUAAAAAAGAAGUCGACAAAAACCUAA